AUGGAACACUUUCAAAUUCAUAGUGUUUUCCAUAAUUGCUACGCAAGUCUUUGGGUGAGGGAUAUCUAUAAGACAGAGAAAGAUAUAUUGGAUAAAGUAUUGGAUCGAAGCAAAUAUGACCUGAGAAUAGUUCCCCGACAUUACAACGAAACGGCUAAACGUACUCAACCGGCGAUCGUUCGCACAAAUAUGUAUAUCCGGGGCAUUGAAUACAUUAGCGUCGAUAACAUGGCGUAUAAAAUACAAAUGACUUUUAGACAGCAAUGGAAUGACAAUAGACUGGCGUUCGACGACAUGAACGGCCAAAUCCGAUACCUAGUGCUCGACGAUUCGACCCGACUCUGGAUUCCCGACACCUUUUUCUCCAACUCGUGGUCCACUCAAUCGCACACUGAUAUCAAACCCAACGUAUUGUUUCGCAUAUAUCCCAACGGGAAUGUGUUAUUUUCCAAACGGAUCACCGCAACCCUCUCCUGUCCGAUGGAUCUCAAAUAUUAUCCAUUUGAUACACAGAUAUGUUCCAUACAAAUGGCCAAUGUCUAUACGACCGCUGAUUUGGUACUGCUUUGGAAAGUAGGCGACCCUGUUCAAGUUACCAAGAAUUUAAUUAUAAAGGAAUUUAAACUUGAUAAAUAUUCGACAGCUUAUUGUACAUCCAAAACAAACAUCCAGUUCUCAAGAAUUACUGCCAAGUAUUUGGUCCAGUGGUUCGUCACGACAGCAAUGCUUACAUUUAUAUCGUUUUUGUCAUUUUUAAUAAAAUCAAAUAAUUCAUCACGAAUUAAGUUUUUAGUGACCAUAUUGUUGAUGCUUUACACGCAUAUUAUUGUAAUCAAUAUGUGGUCGGAUGCGAAAGUGCCGUAUUUUAUAGCAAAGGACUGGUGGUUUAUGUGGUGCGCAAACUUCACCCUUGCCGCUAUUAUCGAGUUUGCAAUCGUUAAGGCCAUUGAUUAUAAU